AAACCUAAUUUUUUUCAAGCGAGUUUCGCUCUCUUCCAAGAAUGGCCGCUGCAGGAAUAAACAAGCUGGGCUCUGUGGCGGCGAUGGAGCCGUGUAUCCGACACGGCAGAGCAACAAAUGGAAGCAGUGUGAAGGUACUGGAAUGUGGCGUGUGUGAGGAUGUGUUCUCUCUUCAAGGAGACAAGGUUCCUCGCCUUCUGCUUUGUGGUCAUACAGUUUGUCAUGACUGUCUGACUAGGUUACCCCUCCAUGGCAGGGCAGUGCGUUGCCCGUUCGACAGACAGGUUACUGAGUUGGGAGACUCUGGAGUUUGGGGUCUAAAGAAGAACUUUGCUCUACUUGAACUUUUGGAACGACUUCAGAAUGGAGCAUCAAACCAGUCAGGGAUGGCAGAGGAUGCCCUUAAAGGCAUGGGAGAAUGUAUUAUUCGCUGUGAUGAGGAUGAAAGUCACACAGCCUCCAUGUAUUGCACUGUAUGUGCCACCCACUUGUGUGCCGAAUGCUCACAAAUAACUCACUCCACGCGAACACUGGCUAAGCACCGCCGGGUGCCACUGGCUGACAAACCUCAUGAGAAGAUGCUGUGCCCCCAGCACCAGGUCCAUGCCAUAGAGUUUGUGUGCCUAGAAGAAGGAUGUCAGUCAGGGCCACUCAUGUGCUGUGUUUGUAAGGAGUAUGGCAAACACCAAGGCCACAAGCAUGCUCUCCUUGAAUCUGAAGCUAAUCAGAUCCGUGCAUCCAUUCUUGACAUGGCACACUGCAUUCGCACCUUUACAGAUGAAGUGUCUGAGUACUCAAGAAAACUGGUGGGCAUUGUGCAGCAAAUAGAAGGGGGAGAACAGAUUGUAGAGGAUGGUAUUGGAAUAGCCCACACUGAACAUGUUCCAGGCACAGCGGAAAGUGCUCGCUCAUGUGUGCGUGCCUACUUUGCAGACCUCCAUGAGACUCUGUGUCGGCAGGAGGAGAUGGCCUUGAGUGUGGUGGAUGCACAUGUUCGAGAGAGGCUCAUCUGGCUGCGACAGCAGCAGGAGGACAUGACCAUCCUUCUGUCUCAAGUAUCCACUGCCUGUCUGCACUGUGAGAAAACCCUACAGCAGGAUGAUUGCAGAGUUGUGCUGGCAAAACAGGAAAUCAACUGUUUGCUGGAAACACUGCAGAAGCAGCAGCACCAGUUCACAGAGUUGGUAGAUCACAUUCAGCUGGAUGCUGGCAUACCUGUCACCUUCACAAAGGACAAUCGUGUUCACAUUGGUCCUAAGAUGGAGAUUCGUGUAGUAACACUUGGACUGGAUGGAGCAGGCAAAACAACUAUCCUUUUUAAAUUAAAACAAGAUGAAUUCAUGCAGCCCAUCCCUACAAUUGGAUUUAAUGUGGAGACUGUAGAAUACAAGAACUUAAAAUUUACAAUCUGGGAUGUUGGAGGAAAACAUAAGCUUAGACCUCUUUGGAAACAUUACUACUUGAACACUCAAGCGGUAGUUUUUGUAAUUGACAGCUGCCAUAGAGACAGGUUAAUGGAAGCACACAGUGAACUGGCCAAACUACUCACUGAGAAAGAGCUAAGGGACGCACUGCUGCUUAUUUUUGCAAACAAGCAGGAUGUACCUGGGGCUGUGGCUGUGGAGGAGAUGACAGAGGUGCUGAGUCUACACAAACUGUGCUGUGGAAGGAGCUGGCACAUUCAGGGCUGUGAUGCCCGCAGUGGGAUGGGCCUGCAUGAGGGAUUGGACUGGUUGUCAAGACAGUUGGUGGCUGCUGGGGUCCUGGAUGUUGCCUGAAGCUGACAGUUUUUAAAUAUUUCCAACAUUAGAACAUAACUCAGCCUCUCUACUUUCAUCCAGCUUCCUAGCUUUGUUUGCCAUCGCCUUCACAAAGAACAUUGAGGCUUGAUAAAGAAAAAUGUAAAUAUUUUUCAAAGACCCAUCAGUCACAGAUUCAACUAACAAUGCAUGCGCUAGUCCAUAAUCCUAUACAAGGCUGUUGUCAUGACAUCUCCAUAUUUUUAGUUACUUUUUCAGGAUUCUACAAUUCCAAUGCUUAUUGAAAUUGGGGUCUCUUCAUUCUACUUAUAACACAAUGUAACAGACUGUCGUCCUAUUGACAAUUUUGCUAUUGGUGUUUAGUUUUUACCAGCUAACACUUGUAGUUCUAGGAUCCCUUUUAUUUUAUCCAGACGUUUGAAAGGCCAGGCUAUUUAAUUUAUAGGUGUAGUGGUGUUCUUUGCCUUGAUGUGAAUAUGGUUUUGUGGCACCCUUAUGCAUUGUAAAGAGUUUAUGUGCUUCACUCUAUGUAGUCUUCAAAAGGCAAAACCAUUGCAUUUUAGAUUGAAUUUGUUUUAUGUUACAGAGGUGAAACAUUUUACUGAAUUAAUAUAUAAAUAUGUUUGUGUGAGGUUUGUAUGAACAAGUUAGCCACUUUGCAUCAAAUACGCCUCCAUUUUUGGAGUGUCUUGCACGGAACUUGUGGCAUGCACUUUUCCUUACAGUUAGCUCAUGCAACUAAAAUGUGUGUGCCAUUUCAUUGUACAUAUAGGAUUUGAUUUAAAAGAAACAUGGGAAAAUCUACGUUCUAGCCUCAGUGCUAACAAGAUGGUACACGUUAAGUUUACAACCCAUUAUGUGAAACAUUAAAGUCUUUGCUUGUUGAAA